AUGGCAUCAAAAGAACUCUACGCCAAGUUCAGUGACAACUUUCUGACCUGCCACAUCUGCCUCAGCGAGUACAAAGACCCUCGAGUGCUGCAAUGCUACCACACUUUCUGCCUGACCUGUAUUGCGAACCACGCACACGCAAGUCAGGUUGGCGGGAAAUUUCAGUGUCCAGUUUGCCGGGAGGAAAUCACCAUCCCCACAGGAGGACUGGACAAACUUGUUCACAAUUUCUUCUUGAACAAGAUCAAAGAUUUCAUGCUUAUAAACCCAAAAGAAGCCUUGUGCUCUGUCUGCAAGACUGAGGAUGUCCAACUUUACUGCCACAACUGUAAAUGUCAUUUCUGUGCGAAAUGUCAGAAAGAGCAUCAUGACAACCAGGAUGACUCCGACGGACAUGCCAUGAGCCUCCUCCCCAUGUUUGCUGAAGAAGAAACCAGUAAACCUAAGGAGCUGGAAGAAAGUUUACAGCAGAUUUGGGCCCAAACAAUCAUUUACUGCGAGAAGCACCCAGAUGAGAAAUUGAAGUUCUAUUGUGAGAGUGACAACACUGUCUUGUGUUGUGACUGUUUAGCCACAGACCACAAGAAACACCACUUUGUCUAUCUUGAAAAAAUCGUCGUCAGUGAAAAAGAGGGCAUCGAACAGAAAUACAAAGAACUUCUGCCAAGGGUAUCCACAUUUGAAAAGAGCGAAAAAGAAAUCGAAGCACAGCAGAAAAAACUUGGAAGAAGGCGAGACAAACUUCAGAAACAGCUGCAAGACCACGCCAAGGUUCUCCACAAGAAUGUUAGCGAUAAACUGCAAGAGCUUUCUUCGCAACUUCAGGACCAAUUCACAGCCCAGAUGAAGGCCUUGGAGGCAGAAAAAGACAGCAUCCAGCUUCAGAAAGUCUCAAUACAAAGUACUUGUGAAUUUGCCAAGCAGCUUGUCCGCCAUGGCUCCCAACCCGAGGUCAUGACCCAUGCCAAAAACAUCCAGACCCGAAUGUCAGAACUGAAAGACUUUCAGCCAGCACCGAUCAAAAUAGGCGACAUGAGUUUUGUCAAACAAAAUCUACCUCCAAAUAUAUUCGGUAAACUCAAAGAGCCAGAAUCUAACUUUCAGGUAUUGCCAUCUGUCAGUCAAAAACUCAAGAUUCAACAAAAAACCUCACCGUCUAGUCGGCCCUCAGUAACCAUAGCAACAAAAACGUGGGUUCAAGCAACACUAAUGAAGACCUUUGAUAUCAAGCUGUCAAACACCCAUGACAUUUCUUGCAGCUUGAACGGGAACUUCUACCUGACCAGUUUGAACACAGAUACCCUCAAAGCAGUUUCAGAAUCGGGCGAAAAUGUCUUUGAAGUCAAAGUUCCUGGAGCACGCUGUGUGACCUGUCUCAGUAAUGACCGUGUUGUGGUCACCAACGUGGAUGGCUGUAUGGUUUACACAGAAUAUGGAAACCAGGUGCGGAAAUUCGGCCAAGGUGACAUGACCGACCCCUGGGGGGUCACUGUGGACAGCAGUGGGCAUAUCCUAGUGUGCGAUGGCAUCAACAAGUGCAUUUGUAUCUACAACGCUGUGGACUACAUCCUCAUUAACAAGAUCAGCAUCCCAAUGUGCGAGAAACCAGUCUACAUCAAUGUCAACCCCAAAAGCAAUGUGAUCAUCGUCAGCGACAAUGGUGGCCAUUGCGUGUACGGUGUAACACUAGAGGGCGACGUAGUGUUCCAGUAUGGCACGCCAGGGCAAUCAGGACAGGGGGAGGACCAACUGUACUUUCCCUGUGGGAUAUGCGUUGACAGACAGGGACACAUAUUCGUAGCUGAUAGUGACAACCACAGGGUGGUGGUACUGACCCAGACAGGAAAGAAGAUGAGACACGCCAUUGGUAAGCAGCAGAUUAAAGUCCCUGUGGGUGUAGACAUCAAUCGGGAGGGGGAGUUGCUAGUGGCUGAAUUUCACGGGAAAGUGAAAUUAUUCCAGUGUCUUGAUGUCUAA